AAUAAGUGCUCCCAAGUUGUCAACAUGGCGGCUGGACUCUGAUUGUAGGUCAUGAUUGAAAAACGUGAUUUCCUGGUUUAUUCUUUUAAUUAUAAUCGUUCUUGACACCAUGGACGCUGUAUCUACUGAUGAUAUAAGGAGUCUUCUGGAGCAGUUUUCGAAAACACCUUAUCGAGUGAAAGAAAAUGACAGCACAGCAGAUAUCAUCCAGAAAAAAUGUGAAGCUCUUUUUGGAAAGGACUACAAAUACUUGUCAAUUUCCAAUACCCAUGGAGAACUCACUCCUACAUAUCCUGCCAACAUAAUAAUACCAGAAGAGUUGCUUCCCGAUAACAGUCAUUCAAAUGACAAUGUACGUAGUUUGAGUGACAGCCUUUGUGAUGAAGGAAAACUCAGGGAUAUGAUGAUCAAAGCUCGUGUUGCCCGGUGCCGAGCACGACUUCCACUGCCAGUUAUUCUGUUAGAUGGAAAGUAUAUAUGCAGGUCAGCUACUCUCUCAGGGGGACCAGAAAUUUAUGGGCGAUCAGGGUAUGAUUUUCUCUUUGCUGCCAAUAGUGAUGCAGUACCUGAAGAUGAUGACCUGAAAGAAAUAGCCAUUCCACAGUCUUCUAGUGAGUGGCAACUUUUUACAAAAGUCCGUAGUCAAGAUAUUAGGUUAUUAAAGGCAUUUUCUGUUGGCUGUAUCUGUGACUUGAUGGUGGAAAAGAAAAAAGUUAAAUUUGGAAUGAAUGUUACAUCAUCAGAAAAGGUGGAUAAAGAAAAAAGGUAUAACGAAUUCACAAUCUUCUCUUUGCCUUACCCAGGUUGUGAAUUUUUCAGGGAGUAUAAAGACAAUGGAUACUCAGCUGAAGGGUUGGUUUUUGACUGGACUCAGCCGUUUGUAGAUGCCCACUUAGGUGUGCCUUUUGAUUCUAUAAGUUCUCAACUUGAUAUUGACUGGAUUCAUUACAAGUCAUGGGACCUAGUCAAGUUGACACAGAAUUACCUGAAGCUUCUUCUAAAGUAUAUUAUUGAAGGAACAUCUGGAAUGUUGAUUCAUUGUAUAUCUGGCUGGGAUAGAACACCUCUCUUCAUCUCUCUUCUCCGCCUGUCUCUCUGGGCUGAUGGAAAAGUUCACCCUACGCUCACUCCUGCAGAGAUUACGUAUCUUACAAUAGCCUAUGACUGGUACUUUUUUGGUCAUAAUCUAGCAGAUAGAAUAAGCAAAGGAGAAGAGAUUUUAUUUUUCUGCUUCAAUUUUUUGAAACAUAUUCAGUCUGAAGCCUUCUCUGCUCAUAGUAUAAAGAAUCAUCGAGUCACAAGAAAUUUUUCAGAUUGUCAGUUGGAUGGAGUUUUAUUAGAAGAAGACCAUCUUCGUAUAGGAGGACGAGGAAGUAACACCAGCCUUAGCAGCAGUUGUAGUUCCAUUAGCAGUCGAACCCAUGAUAGUAAUCCGCCAACAUACUUUACAACACUGAGCCAAGAGCCCACAGAAGACUCAAACAUUCAGCCAAAUGUUCCUGAAAGAACUAUGCCAUUGUAUGAACAUCUUCUGGCUUACAAGACUAUUGUGCUUCAGUAUAAAAGAAAUAAAAGGAACAUUCCCUACAAUCCUCAGCUUACAUGGCCUUUUCCUGGACAUUCAUAUAAAAUGGAAGAGCUUCCAGAAGUUAUUAAUGGUACCCCUCCAACUUUGACAAAUAGUAGAGAUGGUUCUUAUCCUAUAAAUGGAAACAGUCCUCAUUCCAAUCACAUGUUGGGUCCACUAUCCCCUGUUUUUUCAAGCACUAGUCCUGUAGCUGUUCCUAAUAAUAAACGUGAAAGGUCUGAAAGUACAUCGUCAGCUGGCUGUGGAAGCUGGCAGAUAAUAUCAGGAACAGGAAGUAUACGAGGCUCAGAGUCAACUAGGGGUUCAGUCAGUUCUCCAACUUGGGAGCUUAAUAGAAACUCGUCAAGUAGUAAAGGAAGCUCUUGUCAAGAGUUGCAUGAAAAUCCUGACAAAUCUCCUUGCUCAACAUGGUCGAAAUCACAACUCCUAAAGAAACGCAGAGAAAACUUGAAUGAUGUUAGGUCCAUUUUCUGCCGUACUUAUGCAAAUGGUAUAGGAUUUAACUGUCGAAAUGGUACCGAAGCCAGUGGACUCUCUAACUUAUUGGAUCAGCUUGUAGGAAAAGUAGGAAUACGAUCUGGAAAAACAUACAGUGUCUGAUCUUAAAUGCACUCUAAUAAAGACGCUUGAUAAAACAUGACAGUGGAAAUGAUUGGAAUCUUGAAUUACUGGUACCUGAUAGUUGGGGCGUGCCAAUGAAGGUGCUAAUUUGAAACCUUGUUCCUUUGCACGUGUUUUUGGUUUUGUGUGAACCUUCUCCAGUGAUGCAUAUAGUAUUUUCUAAUUGUUGGUGAUGGUUUUGAAAGUGCUCACAUUAAAAAAUGAACACCAGAAAUGAAUUUCAUUUUGUGGUUUUCUAACAGAAAACUGUUGAUAAAUUCUUAAGUGACCAUAAUCCGUUUUUUUUUUAAUGUGAAGGUCAAUCUGAUUAAAAAAUAUGCAUUAGCUUUGGAUUUUUUUGUUUGUAGAUACAAAGUUGUGGCUACUUUCUGACCUAUUUUGUGGUUAGGAAUAUAUAUAUAUUCAUUAAAUCAUACAAAGAAUGAUGUUUUAAGUUGCAUAUUUUCAUAUUAUGUUUGUGCAGUUGCAUAAUUUUGCCUUCGAGAUUAUCUAAUGUUGGUCAUUAGGUUUAAAGUUUGCAAAAAUGUUUUAAAUUGUUUAUUCUAACAAUUUUACAUGUAUAAACAUUGUUAAAGAAUUUAUUUUUCAUGAUAUAUUUCUUCAGAGUCACAUAUACGUAUGUGUCCUAGAGUUCAUAGUUUCUGGGAUUUCUCAAUUAAUGGGACAGGUUUUGUAUUUAAAUUUACCAUGUAUAAAAAUCACAUUGAAACAAGUAACAUUCUGUCUAAAAUUUGAGUCUGGAAAUUUGUAGGAAGAGGUUGUUUUUUAUUAUAUCUGGUCUGUUGAACACUGUCAUGGGGAAAUUAACUGUUAUUGUGGAAGGAGAAAUAUUUAAAGUUGAAAUGUCUGUUACAAAGUUAUAUGUUAACCUUAAGACUAAUUUAUAAAAGGUGAUCAAACACUCAAAUAGUAUUCAACAAAUAAUGAGGCAUAGAACAUUUCCAAUAAACAGGAAAAGAAAAUG